AUGCGAGGAAUCCGAUUAGCUGGAAUCGAUGGGAUAGAGCUCGAUUUGACGAGCUUUUUGCUUUCGUCAAUCGAGCUAGAUCUGUCGGAUCGUUUGCUCUAUGAAAUUGAGCUCGAUCGACUAGAUCAUUUGUUGCGGGAAACUGUUGAUAGUUUCCGUUCAACAGUUCGAGCUGUUGCGGGGCUGCGAGCUCAAAAUUUCAUUGGACUGAUUUUUGAGCUGAGACAUCCGCAUGCAAGCUUGAGUUGUGAAGCCAUAGUUUCGGGCCAUCUAAAUAUAGUUGGCUCGACACCUGGCUUUGGAGGUGGAGAUGGAAGUCGCUCUGUUGGCUGA